AUGUCGCAGAGGGCCGCGAUAGCGAACGAGGUGGCGCCCACCUGGGAGGAUUUUUCAGCGGAGUGCCACGGGGAACUCCCGGAGCCAGCACCAGCCGAUCCGUUCACCCUGACGGACGAAGAUCUCAUCGACUUCACCAGGACGAGGCGGCGCGAGGUGGUUGAUCUGGCUUGGCCGUGCUCUGUCCCCGUCCCGUCCUGGCGCGUCUUGUGGCACGUGUCCUGUGUGCCUGACGGACAGCCCGAUUGCAACGAGCUGGAGAGCCAGACGCCCCUCUGCGCCAGCGCUGGCUGGCGGGUCGGAGCGCUGCCGGGCGUGCUCGCCGCCCUUCGUCCGCCCUGGGGCUCGACGCCGCCCCGCCUGGAGCCACGCGGGGGCUCUGCGGGCCCGGGGAGACGGCUGGAAGAGCAGGAGGAGAAGAAUGACGAGGGCUGCGUCCUUCCCCUCGUAGACGUCCACGACAGAGCGACCUUCACGGCGGCGCCCACCCUCCGCGGCACCGUCGAGCGCCGGAGCGCCCGGUACGCGUCGUCGACCGGCGGUGGUCCUCGGCAGGAGGCCGCGAGGAGCGAGGGCGCAGCGGCCGCCGAGCGGGCCAAGGAGUCGCAGCGCCUCUGGGACCUGGCGGUGCCGGAGCGCAACUGGGACAUCCGGCACCCCUUCCUCCCCGCGCUGCUGCUGGGCAUUCUGGGCAUGCAGCCUGGGCCAUCAGCAGCUCCGCGACCACGACCGAGGAGAGCGAGGCGAGGGAUGCCGAACGUGCCAAGGCCGAGCUCGCAGAGCGCAGAGCACGACGGGUCGCGUAGGGGCGCGGCCGCCGCGGAGGCACUGCCGCGCAGAGGUGCCGCUGCCGCGGAGGCGCCCCCAGCGCGGAGGCGCGGCUGCCGCGGAGGCGCCGCUGCUGCGGAGGCGCGGCUGCCGCGGAGGCGCGGCUGCGCCGCUGCCGCGGAGGCGCCGCAGCCGCGGCGGCGCCGCAGCUGA